AUGAACCCUCUGCUAGGGUUUGUCCAACCUGGUCAACGAAGUGAUGACAAAGAAGAUCCACAAGAGAGAAGCACCAAGAAGUUCAAAGGGAAAGGUUUAGAUGGUGAUAAUGAAGGAGGAGGGGACGUGCAAGCUGGAGCGAAGCAGGUGACCUCUUUCAAGGAGCUUUUGAUGGGCUCAUCAUCAAUGUCAAAACAACGAUCUGAUCGUGCAGUGACUGACGUCUUAAACACAGAUUUAAGCGGGGAGAUGAGAAUAACGGAACACACUAUUGGUGAUUAUGAAUGCCCAGAAAUCAUUUUAUCUGAGAAAGCAGAGGAGAGGAUCGCGGGGCCUUGGAGGAAGGGAGUGAUAGUUAAAAUGUUGGGGAAGCGUAUUGGAUAUAAAGCUCUGGAAAACCGUUUGAAUCAGAUAUGGGCAAGACAUGGAACUCUAAGUAUCGUUGAUCUAGGAAACGACUAUUCCACUGUCUCCUUCACAAGUGAUGAUGAUCAGUAUGUGGCACUUAUGGAAGGGCCUUGGCUGAUCUAUGAUCAUUAUCUUUCAGUUAGAGAGUGGAAACCCAAUUUCUUCCCAUCAAGUGAUGCAAUUGAACAAAUAGCAGUUUGGGUUAGAAUCUCGGGCCUCCCCCUUGAAUACUAUGAUGCGCGAGUCUUGGCUUUCAUUGGCAACAGAAUUGGAUCAACAGUUAAAGUUGAUAGGAAUACUCUAAGCAUUAAACGUGGUAAAUAUACUAGACUGUGUGUGCAAGUGGAUCUCACCAAGCCUUUGCUGGCCAUGUUUGCUAUUAAAGGACGACACUACAAAAUAGAGUAUGAGGGCCUCCAUCUAUUUUGUCUGUCGUGCGGCCGUUUUGGUCAUAACAAGGAGGAUUGCGGUGAAGUGAAUGUUAGGCAGGAACCAUGUUUAGAUGGGCAACAGCGGAAGCAGUCGUCCAAAGAAGGUACAGAUGGGAAUAAUGAGAUUAAAGCAGACGGCCCAUGGGUGGUGGUUCAGAAAAUCCGAAGAAAUAAGAAAAAUAAGCAACCUGAGAUUAAAGACUUCGUGAGGAAGGUGGCCGGAAUAGCAACCGGAGGAAUUCCGGUAGAUUUCAAUGGCAUUAAUGGAGGAGACAAAACCAAGGGGUCCAGAUUUAUUGUUCUUAAUGAUAAUACUCCCGCUAUGGAAAUUCCCGAUGUUGGCGACAAUGACUUGGAAGUUAAUGAUGGGGAGGAAAUAAUUUCCAUAAUUGGAGAUUCUCAAUCUCUUAACACGCUCGGGCCACGAACAAAACGGAAGGAAAAGAAACGUCUAGCAAAAAAAGUAGUUACACAAGUGACACGUGGGAUCAGUAAAGAAGGAAAGAAAGUAGGACUUUUUGGAAAGUCUAAAGCAGCCUAUGAGAAACUUAUGGAGAAUGAGGGAAUCAGCCCCCUUCAAUCCAAUUCUAUUGGGCCAGUUAAAAGGCCCGAUUUCCCUCUUCCUAAUAUUGGGCCGCAACAGUCUAAUGCCCAACUUAUUUUGGAUGAGGUCCAUAGUCUCACAUCCAGCCAAGUUGAGUUAGCCUCUCCAAAGAAACCUCCAGAUGCAGCAGUAUCAAGUGAUGGUAGUGGGAAAAGAAACGACAAGGAUGAAGCAAGAAGCGAGAUGGAGAAAGAUGUCUCUGAUAUUGAAAUGGUGGAAGAGACACCGGUACAAAUGAACUGUAGGGGUGCUGCUAGCAAAGCUUCCAGAAGAGUUUGUUAUCAAUAUUUGCAGAAUGUCAAGCCAAGUAUUGUGGUGAUUCUGGAGACUCGUACGAAUCCAGCUAAUUUAGCUAAGAUUUUUAAAAUUCUGGGAUUUGAUAGUCUAAUUGGGUCUGAAGUCCAGGGUUACGCAGGUGGUAUUGCUUUGGCGUGGAAUUCUAGUAAAGUCAAGGUGGAACUUCUGAAGCGUCACUUUCAGUUUCUCCACCUGAGACUCAACCUCGAUAGCGGGGAGGAGUUUUUCUUUACUCCCGUCUACGCCAGUCCCAGGAGUAGUGGCCGAACAGAAUUGUGGGAAGAAUCGUUACAGCUUUCGCGACACAAUAAUCAGAGCUGGAUUGUGGGAGGAGACUUUAAUGACAUCCUCAAGAGUUCUGAGACGAAAGGAGGAGCCCCGGUCUCUAAAAGAAGGUGUGAUUUGUUUAAGGAUCGAAUAGAUGCUUGCAAUCUCUUGGAUCUGGAUUCGGUUGGGCAUCGCUUCACAUGGAAAGGGCCAAUCUUUCACGGUGGAGGGCGAAUCUAUGAAAGGUUGGAUCGCGUUCUUAGCAACGAUAAUUGGAGGCUUCAGUUCCCACAGGGUUUUGUUAAGGUUUUUCCCCGUGUGGACUUUUCUGACCACCAUCCUAUUGUUCUCCAAUAA